ACCUGAAUCUUCUUUUUGUAACAAUCUCUCCAACUUUCAGAUGCCUGCAGCCAUGUUAUUUCCGCGUCUUCUUCUCGCUUCUUUCAUGGCCUUUUUCCUUGCAAAAUUUGCAUUCGCAGCCACAUUACCUGAUAUCGAAUUGAAAGCUUUGCGAGACAUAGCCAAGACGUUGGGGAAGACAGACUGGAAUUUCAGUGUAGAUCCAUGCAGCGGAGAGUCGGGAUGGUUUUCACCUCCAAUUCCAAAGGAUCGAUUUGAAAAUUCUGUCAACUGUUCCAGUGGCAGCACCCCUCAUGUCGUUCGCAUAGUGCUGAAGAAACAGAAUCUCCCAGGCACUCUCCCACCAGGGUUGGUCAGGCUCCCUUACCUUCAAAAUAUUGACCUGUCUCUCAAUUAUCUCAGUGGCUCAAUCCCUGCAGAAUGGGGUUCCAUGCAGCUUGUCAAUAUUUCUCUAGUUGGAAAUCACUUAACGGGUUUGAUCCCAAAAGAGAUAGGGAACAUAAGUACUCUUCGCUACUUCACUGUGGAGUUUAAUCAGUUAUCAGGACCUUUGCCGCGGGAGCUUGGGGACCUUACCCACAUUGAGAACCUUCAUCUUAGCUCCAACAACUUUACUGGAGAAUUGCCAACAACAUUUGCUUGGCUAACCUCUAUGCAGCACUUUCGGAUUAGUGACAACCAAUUCACAGGAAAGAUACCUAGUUUCAUCCAAAACUGGACAAAUCUUACAACGUUAGUAAUUCAGGCAAGUGGCUUAAUGGGGCCAAUUCCUAACAUAAGUGCACUAGCAAGGCUAGAUGACUUGAGAAUUAGCGAUUUAAAUGGAACUGAUCAAGCAUUUCCUACACUUACUGGUGCAGCAAUGACGACACUGAUAUUAAGGAGUUGCAAUAUCAUUGGAGAUCUACCCAAUUAUUUGUGGCAAAUGACAAUUUCGACAGUUUUAGAUCUUAGCUUUAACAAACUCACUGGAUCAAUUCCAAACGCCUCUAAUCUUGCAAGCACUACUUACAUUUUUUUGACUGGAAACUUGCUCACGGGGUACAUUCCUUCUUGGAUGCCGGAAAGAGGAAAGAACAUUGAUCUUUCAUAUAACAAUUUUACAGUUGAAGCGACAUCAAGUUGUAAACAACAGAGUAGUAAACAACAGAAUUUGAAUUUGUUUGCAAGCUUUUCAGAGACCAAUUUGUCAGGGAUUGUUUCAUGCUUGAGAGGGUCUAAAUGUCAAGAAAAAAAGAAUAAUCUCUAUAUUAAUUGUGGAGGAGGUGAAGUAACUGUAAAUGGAAAUACCACAUAUGAAGAGGAUGCAAAUCUAGUAGGACCAUCCACAUUGUUUGUAAGUAGUGGAGAUUGGGCACUCAGCAACACUGGUCGCUUCUUGGAUGCUGGCCAAAAUGAGCGCAGAUUUACCUCCACAAACCAAUCUGAACUCUUUAUGAAAGAUUACCAGCUAUACAUGGAUGCACGCCUUUCAGCCAUCUCUUUGACUUAUUACGCAUUUUGUAUGGGUGAUGGAAACUACACGGUAAAUCUCCAUUUUGCAGAAAUAAUGUUCAGUGAUGAUAAAACUUAUAGCAACUUGGGAAGGCGUAUAUUCAAUAUUUACAUUCAGGGCAAGUUGGUGCAAAAGGAUUUCAAUAUAGUGGAUGAAGCUGGGGGGGUUGGUAGGGCUAUCAUAAAAGAGUUUCCUGCAGUUGUGACCAAUGGCACCUUGGAGAUUCGUUUAUACUGGGCUGGAAAAGGAACGACGACCAUUCCUGUUGGAGGAGUUUACGGUCCUCUUAUAUCAGCUAUAUCUGUCAAUUCUAAUUUUACACCUUUGGAAACUGGUAACAUUGCACCUCGUUUGGAAAAGGGGGACAAUACUAAUGUAUUUAUCGGCAUGGUGAUUGGAAUUUUGGUUGGAGUAGCUUUUGCUAUCCUCUUGAUCAUGGGUGUCCUAUGGUGGAAAUGCUGCUUAAGACAAAAAAACACAUUAGAACAAGAUUUAAAAGGUUUGAACUUGCAAACGGUUUCUUUUAGUUUAAGGCAGAUUAAAGCUGCCACCAACAACUUUGAUCUUGCUAAUAAGAUUGGCGAAGGUGGUUUUGGUCCUGUUUACAAGGGCCAUUUGACAGAUGGUAAAGUUAUUGCUGUUAAGCAACUAUCAGCCACAUCAAAGCAAGGAAAUCGCGAGUUUGUCAAUGAAAUUGGCUUGAUUUCUGGUCUUCAACAUCCUCAUCUGGUAAAGCUAUAUGGAUGUUGUAUCGAUGGAAAUCAACUCUUGCUAAUAUAUGAGUACAUGGAGAACAAUAGCCUUGCUCGUGCAUUGUUUGGUCCGGAAGAAUGCCAAUUGAAAUUAGAUUGGCCAAUAAGACAGAAGAUAUGCAUUGGUAUAGCAAAAGGUUUAGCUUAUCUCCAUGAAGAAUCAAGGUUGAAGAUUGUGCACCGAGAUAUCAAGGCUACCAAUGUAUUGCUUGAUAAGGAUCUAAAUCCUAAAAUAUCUGACUUUGGUCUAGCUAAGCUUGAUGAAGAAGAUAACACCCAUAUUAGCACUCGCAUUGCUGGAACUAUGGGUUACAUGGCUCCAGAAUAUGCAACACGAGGUUACUUAACUGACAAAGCAGAUGUUUAUAGUUUUGGAAUUGUGGCCUUGGAAAUUGUUAGUGGAAGAAGCAACAAAAUUAGCAGAACAAAAGAAAAUAGCUUUUAUCUUAUUGAUUGGGCUCUUCUUUUGAAGGAGAAAGGCAACUUGUUAGAAUUAGUCGACCCGAGACUGGAAUCUAACUACAACAAAAAAGAGGUAAUGAGAAUGAUAAAUGUGGCAUUGUUAUGCACUAACCCUUCUCCAGCUGGUAGGCCUAUUAUGUCUUCUAUAGUGAGCAUGCUUGAAGGGAAGACUGUUGUUGAUGAGCUGAGCCUUGAUCCUGGUACAUCUAUUGACUCGUUGAAGAAGUUUGAUCAGACUCUUGAAGUAGAAGAUACUCAAGAAAGCUUGACACAAAGUAAAUCAAUAGAACGUUUGCCACUUACCUCUUCUUCUUCAUCUGCAGCUGAUCUCUAUUCAGUCAAUUUAAGCUCCAAUUAUUGGCAGAACAAAGAUUAGAAUGUAGAGAACUUUGCAAAUCAUCUCGCAAUUGGCCUUAAGAACAUUUACAAGUGCUUAAAUUAAUUUGAACUUCUUAUUGUUCAAGUCUGUAGAACAUAUGAGGUUAAAGCAUAGGUUUAAAUUGUGGAACCAUUGUAAUAUAGUUUGAUAUAUUGUUGCAGAAGUGUGUAUCAGGCAUAAACUAUAAACCAAAUUGUGAAAAACAAAUCGUAUACGGUAUC